UUUAAUAUUAAAGUUAUAAACUGUAGUCAAAAGUGAAAACAAUAAGUCGAUAGCAAUGAGUAAUUGAAUUCAUAUUAUAUUAACUUUUAAUGAAUUCAACUUUAAAUCAAAUCAAACAUAACUUUUAGUGAUUACUGAUUAUCUUAAGAAAGUUAUCGCCAUUUCGGUCAUCAGUGACCACCAGUUAUGGCACAAAAAAGGACAAUCACUGAUGUGUUGGCCAAUAAUAUAGAUUUUGUCGAUGAAAGCAAACAGACGAAUACGUUUGGAUUCAACUCAACGGACGACCUCUACAGCCGAUUGACGACCAAUGAGUUGAUUGAAUCAAAAAGUAUUUGUUUGACCGAUUCAUUUGUCGAUGACUUGUCCACAAUGUUAAGCAAUCAUGAGUUUAGCGAUUGUAUCCUUCGGGUCGACGGAACCGAUAUUGCUGUAAAUCGGGCUUUUCUGUCAGUACGCUGUCCUCACUUUAAAGCAUUAUUUUACGGCCAAAUGAAAGAAACAAAUGAAUCGGUGAUUGAAUUGAAAGGCAUAAAAGCGGAACCGUUUCAACACGUCUUGCGUUUCAUAUAUACGGCUAGUCUUUCGCUUCACUUGUUAUCAAUCGAUACCAUUAUUGAUGUCUUAAGUGUAGCGCAGUAUUUGUGUCUUCAAGAGUUGUGCGAUCGUAUUGUCCACCACUUAGUGACCACUAUAUCGUUGGACAACGUAUUUGUUUUGCAUAGUGUGGCCAAUGAGUAUUCAUUUGCCGAACUAAUUCGGGCCACAAAUCUAUUUAUCGAUCAAAAUGCUGAACACAUUCUUAUGAAUCCAUCGUUUAAUUUACUUUCAAUCCAUCAUUUGAUUGAUAUGUUUAAAAGAGACUCAUUUUAUGUGACAACUGAAGAGAUACUUCUCGACAAAGUUUGUCAUUGGUUUGAGCAAAAUGAAGACCAAUUGAACGAAACGACAGUUGAAAUGGUAUUGUCGUCAAUAUGUUUGCGGAAUAUAAGUAAUGACAGAUUCAUAUCAAUCCUCACACCAUAUGAAUUGUGUCAUCAAUUGUUUACUCAAUUUUAUGGCAAAUAUCGUAAAAGUUUAAGAAAUACGGAUAAAAUGGUUCGAGGAUUUGUAUGUCUUAAUCAAAAUGUUGCCACAAAUCAAAUGAAUGUCAAAGUAACUAAAGGUCGCUACAGAUAUAAGAUGAUCAACGAAACUAAUCGAUUAUAUUAUCGCCGAUCGGCCACAAGUCAUACCAUUAGAUAUAGCGGCGGUAGCGGUGAAAAGUCCAUCGAAGUUGAAUUGUCUAAAGUUUUCUUCAUUAAUCACAUUGUUUUGGUACUGUUUGACGUCGGAAUGCAAGGAUUCAGUUAUUUUAUAGAAGUGUCGAUCAAUCGCAAGACAUGGCAUACAAUUGUUGAUUAUAAACAAUAUUUGUGUCGUUCCUAUCAAUACCUGUUCUUCAAGUGUCAACCCAUCAAAUAUAUACGUAUCUCUGGAACUAAAUCGAUGGAUAUGACCACCAAAAUACAGAACACAACAUUCGAUGUCUUGCAUUUCGAGUGCAUGUAUAGUACGGUUUGUCCACAAUUGGUGGCAAAAAUUGAACACAAUAUUAUCAAACCUAUUAAUAAAGUUAUUUGUGAUAUCGAUAAUAGUGUUAAAAAUCAUGACAGAAAAAUACUUAUAGUUAACCAAAAAUAUGAAAAAACAGAAACACUUAAAGACAAAGAGUAUCGUCACAUAGUGUUUCCAUUUUAUAGGGGAAGUGCUUAUUGCUAUACAAACAACUCACUUGUCAUUCACUUAACUCAACCAUUUGUUAUCAAUUGGAUGUCAUUUGAGUUUAAGAAUAAUUGGUGUCAUUUUGUGUCCGCAGUCUUCUCUGAAAACUUUAUUAUUCAAACCUCUUGUGAUUAUGAGAAUUGGCAAACAAUUAAUAUCAAAGAAAUCUUUAUUAAUGAAAUGCGAAGAAUUGUCUACUUUAUCGAAGAGCAGACAUUUGUUUUUGUCCGACUGUUUGCAAUCAAUCCAUUGAAUAUCUCAUCUUUGCCUGAACUCGACACAUACAAGUGUGCAUACCUUUCAUACCUUUCCAAACAGCGGCAAAUGAACCGUAAGAAGCUUAAGAUAUAACUAUCUAUAACUACAGUAUACCGGUAUACUGUAUAUAUAAACCUAUUUAUGUGUUAUUUUUAUUAUAAAUAUUUAAAUUAUUA